AUGAAGCUGGGAUGCAACGCUGCCCAAUCAUUCCCUGCACCUUGCUCCCGCUGCGUCCGGAAAAAUUUGACCUGCUCUGUGGAUCCGUCCUACAAGCGAGUUCCUAAACGCGGUCGGCUCGAAGCUGUGGAAAAAGAGCUGAAAGACAUUAAACGUCGCUUUCUUUCUCAACAACAGACUACUUCUACCUCGACCAAUGAGUCUCCCAGUCAUGCAGAGAGCAAUGACCCCGUACCCUCUCGAUCUCCAUCCCCAAUAGAGGACAUCCCUGCUCCACUUCUUACUGACAAAGUCCUGGGCGAAAUAAUACUAAACCCGGAAUCUAUCUCAUCAAUUCUCGAAUGUUACUAUCAAAUCUACCACCCCUACUUCCCCAUCAUCCCUAAACAAGAAAAGCUCCUCAAAAGCUACGAGCAGGACCCAAUACUCUUCUGGGUAGUCAUAUCCAUCGGGUCUCGAAACACUUCCCAAUAUGAGUACAUGCAAGACGCGCUGCAGGGAGAAAUCAAGUCUCUCGUUUCAAACGCCCACACGCCAGCAAAACAAUCUCUCCAGUUGAUCCAGGCACUGCUACUGCUCUGCUACUGGCCCUUCCCGUUUGGAGCUACAGCAAAUGAUCCCUCCUGGUCGUACUCGGCUCUCUCCAUCAGCUGUGCCUAUACGAAGGGCGUACAUCGAGCAGAACAUCUGUCUGAUUUCGAGUACGACGCUACGCCAACGUCCGAGAUGAUUGUUGAGCGGAAGAGGACUUGGAUUGCGUGUUUUAUUGUGAACCAAAGGCUAAGCUCCUUAAACGGCUUCCCACCGCUAGUAACCCCAGACCACACCAUCCAGUCUGCAGUCUCACUCCAACCAACUUGGCUCCCAACUCCACUCGUUCAGCAGCUCUACAUAUCAUACCAAAGCUACAAAAUUACCUCCGCCCUGGGAAACAGCGAGACUCAAAGCUCGGGACUCCUCCCACACCCAGCGAAUCUGAUCCGUCUCUUCGACUCCGAGCUACGCAGCACACAACCCCCGUCCACAGCAAGUAUAGAUACAGAUACAAGUGCGUGGCAAGAAAGCGAAACGAUCUAUCUCCUCGCCACGAAACUGCAACUCUACUCCUUCGCCUUGAACCUGACUUCCCCGGCCUCGGCCUCAACCCCCGAAAAUGAAACCCUCGCCCGAAGCUACACAGCCGCAAUAUCCCUCCUCCAACACGCGCUCAAAGUCUCCCCGCAGAUAAAAUACUGUCCCUUUCACACAAUCCGCUACAUCACCUACGCCAUUUUCGUGCUCUUCAAACUGAUGGCCUGCACCACACCCGAAGAAUUCACCGACGAAACAACCUCCCGAAAUCUAAUAGCGCGCACGUGGGAACUAUUCCGGCAGGCCUCGCACGAUACGACGGACCAUGUGUCGCGGAUGUGUGAUAUCAUCCAGUAUCUCAGUACGACACGGUGGUAUGACGAGGAAUCCCCCGAGGUGCGGGUUCUGUCGAGAGGAGCGGCGAAUCUAGUUGUUGAGAUGAUAUGGCGAGCGCGGAGGAGGUUUAGUUUUAGUGUGCGGCAGCAGAAACCGAAGGAUUAUACAUUGACUGCUGCGGAGGAAAAGACGUGGGCUGAUAUGCAAAGCUUGUUUUUGUCUUUUGUGGAUGAGGGGUGGGGAUGA